AUGUCGGUCCAGACGGUGUCGAUAACCCCCUUUCAGGACCAGAAGCCCGGAACUUCUGGCCUCCGUAAAAAGGUCGUCGUCUUCCAGCAGCCCAACUACUCCGAAUCCUUCGUCACCAGCAUCCUCCUCUCCAUCCCCGAAGGCGCUGAGGGAGCUUUCCUCGUCAUCGGUGGCGAUGGUCGCUAUCACAACCCUGAAGUCAUUCAGACAAUUGCUAAGAUCAGCGCCGCAUACGGCGUGAACAAGCUUUUGAUCGGGCAAAACGGAAUCCUGAGUACUCCAGCUGCCAGCCACCUCAUUCGCAAGCGCAAUGCCACUGGUGGCAUUCUGUUGACUGCCAGCCACAACCCAGGUGGCCCUACUGAGGAUUUCGGCAUCAAGUACAAUCUUGCCAACGGUGCCCCCGCCCCCGAAUCGGUCACCAACAAGAUCUACGAGACUUCCAAGGCUCUCCAUUCAUACAAGAUUUCCCAGAUUCCAGACCUAGACAUUACCCAGAUCGGCACUCGUAGCUAUGGACCACUUGAAGUCGAGAUUGUCGACUCGGUGACCGACUAUGUGGACUUCAUGAAGGAGAUCUUCGACUUUCCUUUGAUUCGUAGCUUCUUGAGCUCCCACAAAGACUUUAAGGUUUUGUUUGAUGCUAUGAAUGGUGUUACCGGGCCCUACGGUGUCCGUAUUUUCCAAGACGAAUUGGGACUUCCGGCUACCAGCACGCAAAACUGCGUGCCCAAGUCCGAUUUUGGCGGUGGUCACCCCGACCCCAAUCUGGUCUAUGCUCACGAACUGGUUGAAGCUGUUGACAAGAAUGGUAUCCACUUCGGCGCCGCCAGUGAUGGUGAUGGUGACCGCAACAUGAUCUACGGUGCCAACGCCUUUGUGUCUCCCGGCGACAGUCUGGCUAUCAUUGCUCACCACGCGAAACUCAUCCCGUACUUCCGCGACCAGGGUGUCUAUGGUCUUGCUCGCUCCAUGCCUACCUCGGGCGCUGUUGAUCUUGUCGCCAAGGCUCAAGGUCUGCAAUCGUACGAAGUCCCCACUGGAUGGAAGUUCUUCUGUGCCCUCUUCGACAACAAGAAGAUUUCUAUUUGCGGCGAGGAGAGUUUCGGUACAGGCAGCAACCACAUCCGUGAGAAGGACGGUGUCUGGGCUGUUGUAGCGUGGUUGAACAUCAUUGCUGGCGUUUCUCAGCAGAAGCCCAAUGAAACUCCUAGCAUUGGCUCUAUUCAGAGGGAGUUCUGGCAGACUUACGGCCGAACUUUCUUCACCCGCUACGACUACGAACAGGUUGAUAGCUCGGCCGCCAACAAGGUGAUUGUUAACCUUACUGGCCUGAUCAACGACAAGGAUUCUUUUGUUGGCUCUUCUGUUUCUGGACGCAAGGUUGUCGACGCUGGCAACUUCUCAUACACCGAUCUCGACGGCAGCGUGAGCAAGAACCAGGGUUUGUACGUCAAGUUCGACGAUGGCAGCCGCAUUGUUGUUCGUCUGUCGGGCACUGGCAGCAGUGGGGCCACCAUUCGUCUGUACAUUGAGAAGCACGAGAACGACCCUAGCCAGUACGCCGUUGAGACUCAGGAGUACCUCAAGGAUAAUGUCAAGCUGGCCUUGGAUCUGCUCAAGCUGAAAGAGUACAUUGAUCGUGAGGAGCCCGAUGUCAAGACCUAG